GAGCUUGAAGGCACCAAUCCUCUCCGGGACAACUCCCAGCAGUUUCCUGCAGUGUCCUCUCUGCGUUCUUCUCAUCUCAGCAUCCAUCCACCAUGUCGAUCUCUGUUCGCACGACAACCUCCACAGUUCCCAGGACCAUGACCUCGAAGUCCAUUAUCACCAAGACUCGGAGCAGUUCGGCGGCCUUUCCGCAGAAAGCCCACAGCGUGUAUGGAGGUAGUCUAGGAGGUAGCACCCGCACCUCUACUUACAGAGUUGGAGGUGGUGGAGGAUAUGGUGGAGGAUACGGUUUUGGUGGAGGAUACGGAGGAGGAUAUGGCGGAGGAUAUGGCGGAGGAUAUGGUGGAGGAUUCAGCACUGGAAUCAUGGUUGGAGGAGACAGUGACUUGAUCCAGCUGAAUGAGAAGGCCACCAUGCAGAACCUGAACGACCGUCUGGCGUCCUACCUGGAGAAGGUUCGCUCACUGGAGGCUGCCAAUGCCACUUUGGAGAGGCAGAUCCGUGAGUACUAUGAUAAGAAAGGGCCAAUCGCACAGAGGGACUACAGCAAAUACUGGAACACCAUCAAUGACCUGAAGGACAAGAUUAAAAAUGCUACCAUCAACAACGCCAACAUCCUCCUGCAGAUCGACAACUCUAAACUGGCUGCUGAUGACUUCAGGAUAAAAUAUGAGCAUGAACUGGCAAUGCGGCAGUCUGUGGAGGCUGACAUCGCUAACCUGCGCCGCUUGCUGGACCAGACGACCCUGACAAAGGCCGACCUGGAGAUGCAGAUCGAGAGUCUGCAGGAUGAGCUGGCGUUUAUGAAGAAGAACCACCAGGAGGACUUGGCUGCACUGAGGGCACAGCUGACAGGCACAGUGAACGUAGAGGUUGAUGCUGCUCCUCAGCAAGACCUGAACAAGGUUCUUGAGGAGAUUCGUGCUCAUUACGAGAACAUCAUUCAGAAACACCGCAGGGAACAGGAAGACUGGUUUAAAGACAAGACGGCAGGUUUGAACAAAGAAGUGGCCAUCAGCACAGAGACCAUACAAACAACCAAGACACAGAUCACAGAUCUACGACGCACCUUGCAGGGUCUGGAGAUCGAACUACAGUCUCAACUCAGCAUGAAAGCGGCACUGGAAAAAUCACUGGCAGACACAGAGGCUAGGUACAGCGCUAUGCUAGCAGGCUACCAGAACCAAAUCAACAUGCUGGAAGCCGAGUUAAGUCAAGUGCGGGCUAGCAUUGAGCAACAGGGACGAGAAUACGCAAUGUUGCUGGACAUCAAGACUCGUUUGGAGCAGGAGAUCGCCACCUACAGGAGCCUCCUGGAAAAUCAAGACAUUAAGACUCAAAUACCAGGUGCAACUAUCAACGUCACCACAGGUGGAACAACAACAAUCCAGAAGACACAGCACUUCUAAAUGCAGAGCACACUGCUUUAUGAGACAACAUCUGGACACACACAUACAUUUGGUUUUGAAAGUUUACUGAAAUAAUAUUGAGAAAAAGUGUUGCCAAAAGAAAAACAGAUGAUGAUACUUAUAUUUGUGUGUGAUAAAACAUAAAGUCUCUGAAAAUAAAGAUGCUGUCAUGAA